UGUAUCACAAGGCUUCCUCGUUUGGAAAGGAAAGCGAUGUGUUUUCUCUAAUCAAUGAUAAUACAUGCCGGCUGCUGUUCCAUCGUCGCUCUCGGUAGACAGGAUCCAGUAUAACCACAGCUAAGAACAUGAAUUCGGAGAAGGACUUUUCGCCUCUGACGCCCAACAUCGUCAGGGCUCUGAAUGAUAAACUGUACGAGAAGAGGAAAGUGGCAGCUCUAGAAAUUGAGAAACUGGUGCGGGAAUUUGUGGCCCAGAACAACUCCACUCAAAUCAGGCAUGUAAUCCAGAUUCUGGCCUCGGAAUUUGCCCUUUCCCAGCAUCCCCACAGCCGCAAAGGGGGUCUCAUUGGACUGGCAGCUUGCUCAAUCGCCCUCGGCAAAGACUCAGGUCUGUAUCUGAAGGAGCUUAUUGAGCCUGUACUCACAUGCUUUAAUGACUCAGACAGCCGUUUGCGCUACUAUGCCUGUGAGGCCCUCUAUAACAUAGUCAAGGUGGCCAGAGGAGCUGUGCUGCCCCACUUCAACCUGCUCUUUGAUGGUCUCAGCAAACUUGCAGCAGAUCCGGAUCCAAAUGUGAAAAGCGGAUCUGAACUCCUGGACAGACUGCUCAAAGACAUAGUGACAGAAAGUAACAAGUUUGAUUUGGUGGCAUUUGUCCCUCUGCUGAGGGAGAGGAUCUACUCCAAUAAUCAGUAUGCCAGACAGUUCAUUAUUUCUUGGAUCCAUGUUCUGGAGUCUGUGCCAGACAUCAACCUGUUAGACUACCUCCCUGAGAUCCUGGAUGGGCUCUUUCAGAUUCUGGGAGACAACAGCAAGGAGAUCCGUAGGAUGUGUGAGGUGGUGCUGGGAGAAUUUCUGAAGGAGAUUAAGAAGACUCCCUCUAGUGUGAAAUUUGCUGAGAUGGCCAACGUCCUGGUCAUCCACUGCCAGGCUGCAGAUGAGGCCAAACUCACAAACGACCUGAUCCAACUGACAGCUAUGACCUGGAUGAGAGAGUUUAUCCAGCUUGCAGGCAGAGUGGUUCUCCCUUACUCCUCUGGUAUCCUGACUGCAGUGCUACCUUGUCUCUCCUAUGAUGACAGAAAGAAGAAUACCAAAGAAGCAGCCAGUGCCUGCAAUCACAGUUUGAUGAAGCUGGUGACCCCUGAGGAUGAUGAGGAUGAGGAAGAAGAGGGAAGUGGAAGCACUGGUUCACUGUCUAAGGAAGAAGGCCAGCCCCUGGCAGAGGCAGACAGCACUGAUAUGCUGAAUGCAUCACAAGAAUCUGUUGGCUUCAGUAAUAUCAGCUUUUUUACUCCAGCGAGUGCUGACAGGCCACAGGUAACUCUGGACCUAGACGGCAUUGUUCAGGUGUUGGACCGCCACCUCCACGACUCUUCCACUGGCAUGAUGACUCGCAUAGCUGUACUUAAAUGGCUCUACCACCUCUACAUCAAAACACCACGAAAAAUGUUCCGCCACACAGACAGCCUGUUUCCCAUGCUGCUGAAGACAUUGUCUGAUGAGUCUGAUGAGGUUAUACUGAAAGAUCUGGAGGUAUUAGCUGAGAUAGCAUCAUCUCCUGCUGGCCAAACAGACCAAACCAGCUCAUGUGACAGCACUGACCAUCGACUAGAGCUCAAGGUCCCAGAUGGUGUGAAGCUGGGGCAGCAGCACAGUUCCAGGGCAGUUGAUUCAUCCCCCUCCACUCCCAGUAUGAAUUCCUAUUUUUACAAGUUCAUGAUCAACCUGCUGAAACAUUUCAGUUUGGAGAGGAAGCUUCUGGACAUCAGGGGAGCUUUCAUCAUCAGGCAACUGUGUUUGUUGCUUCAUGCGGAGAACAUCUUCCACUCCAUGGCUGACAUCUUGCUGAAGGAGGAGGACCUAAAAUUUUCUUCCACUAUGGUUCAAACGCUCAACACUAUCCUGCUCACCUCUGCUGAGCUCUUCCAGUUACGCAAUCAGCUUAAAGACCUGCACACUCAGGAGAGCUGCGCUUUGUUUUGCUGCCUGUAUCGUUCUUGGUGCCACAACCCUGUGGCCACUGUGUCGCUCUGUUUCCUCACACAGAACUACAAACACGCCUAUGAUCUUAUCCAGAAGUUUGGAGACCUAGAGGUGACAGUAGACUUCCUCAUGGAGAUCGACAAGCUCGUACAACUCAUAGAAAGCCCCAUUUUCACCUACCUGCGUCUGCAGCUCCUGGAUGUGGAGAACAACCCAUAUCUGAUUAAGGCACUGUAUGGUCUGCUGAUGCUGCUGCCACAGAGCCAGGCGUUCCAGCUACUCUCCCACCGUUUGCAAUGUGUCCCUAACCCAGAGCUCAUGAGGACUGUGGAUGAGUCCAAGUAUAUGGACUCUAAACAGCAAAUAGUCACAAAACGUGCCUCUUACACUCAGAUUGAUUACAAUGAGCUGCUUCAGCAUUUUGACCAUGUCCAGAGCAAACACCUAGAGGUCCGACACCAGCGCUCCGGGCGUACGUCUGAUCAGUCCGACAGGAAGUUGAUGUGAAGCUGUAGCGACCUCUGGUCAUUGAAAACAGUGAAGGGUUGAUGAAUCAAAAAAUGUCAAGGACGGGAACAACCACCUUUGGAGAAAAAUGUUAUGAUUUUGAAGUGAAAAAGUAUUUGUGUAUGAUUUAAAAACUGAGAAACAGUGGGUAUACAAUGUCAAGAAACAACUCGUGUUUCUUUGCUAAUACUGAGGAGGAUGUUAUGUGACAUAGUAAACACACAUUAAAUGUUACUACUUAACGUGAUCAUAACUAGUGGUGGUAAUAAUAUGGCCUGAGUUCCCUGUCAGCACAUUUUUGUUGAUUUUUAUUUUUAUUGACACGUCAUUGUUAAAUACCACAGUUCUACCAUUUAAUGUGCAUGUGAACUACAUUAUUUUUAUGGUGUAUCCUGCCGUGUGCUCAGGCUUGCCUUAUUCUCAUGUCAGCCAGAAAAGAAAUUUCACAUGUAGAGUACUGAUGCAGCUUAAAUGAGAUUUUAAACUUUGGAUGCUGUGGAUGUCUGACCUGUAGCAUAGGCCCAUGCUGUUACUUUUUGUUAUACACCUCCAGCUUUUAAUUCCUUCUUAUAUAUCCUUCAGCUAAUAUGUAUUGCUCUUUAUUUGUACAGUGUCUGUCUUGAUUUCUUUAAAAGAUUUCCACUUUUGUCAUUCCUUUGUGAAAAUAAUAAAGUGGACCAUGUGAUUAAAACACUUUUCCAUGUUCAUAUAUUAAACACAAGCUCUGUUGUCAGUCGUAUGGUUAAAAGUGUGUGUAUGAGGGGAGGAGGAGAAGAAGGCAGCAGAUACAUUAGUAUUACUAAUGACCAAUGUCAUCUAACCUGCAGCCUUUUGAAAAUAGUUGAGCUUGUAUUACAGAAAGGACACUUGAGGAAAAUCUGUAACUGCAUUUAAGGAGUUGUCUUCAAAGACUUGUACAAUGUCCCCUUCAUUUGACAUUCUUAAAAUAAUUCUGCAGUAAAUGUUAUGCUAAAUUUUAACUGUACUGACAAUAACAAAAAUAUACACA